AUGCAUCUUUCUUCUUUACUUGCUGCUUCUUCGCUGGCCAUUAGGGCUCUUGCAUGGCCGAAAUAUGUUGCUGUGAAUGACGACUUGACUGUACAGACGUCAUCUGGUCUUGUACAUGGAAACAAGGACUCGAGAUAUCCCAAUGUCCGCCAAUUUUUGGGUAUUCCAUUUGCACAACCUCCUACUGGACAACUUCGCUUUGCAGCUCCUCAGCCUCUUCCAGCAUCUGCGUCCAAAAAGGUCAUCCAAAACACAGAAUUGCCUCCCAGCUGUAUGCAGUACCUCAACACCGUCAGUCCUGGUGUAUACGUCAGCCAGGUCCUCGAGUUUGGUCUCCAAGGAAAGAACGGCACUGGAGAUAUCAGCGAGGACUGUCUGACCUUGAGUGUCUGGGCUCCUACUACCAACAACAAUCAGUCCUGCAGCAGUGGUAACGAAUUGCUCCCCGUUAUCAUAUGGGUAUAUGGUGGAGGUUUCGUCACCGGAGGUCAAGACGUCCCGUACCAAAUCCCAAGCCAGUGGAUCGAACGUACUCAGGAUCACAUUGUGGUGGCUAUCAACUACCGUGUCAAUAUCUUUGGCUUCCCGAACGCCGCUGGGCUGUCUGAUCAGAAUGUGGGUCUGCUUGACCAAAGAGCAGCUGUCGAAUGGGUCAGAGACAACAUUCUCAGGUUCGGAGGCGACCCUUCACGCAUGCUUCUUUGGGGUCAGUCGGCAGGAUCUGCGAGCGUAGACUACUACAACUUUGCUUAUCCGAAGGAUCCAAUCGUGUCAGCAUUCAGUAUGGAUUCUGGUACAGCUUUCAUCGGUAUCACAACCGACGACACCCAACACACCAACUUUACGUUCGUUGCCUCGCAACUCGGUUGUGCCAACUCUUCUUCGCCUGCAGAUGAGCUUGCUUGUGUACGCAAGCUUCCUGCCGCAACGAUCGAAGACUUUGUCAAGAACUACCAGGAGAACGGCACCGCACCCGCCAUCAGCUUCCUUCCCAGCGCCGAUGAGAAAGUAGUAUUCAGCAACUAUACCGAACGUGCACUAGCAGGCGAACAAGCAAACUUGCCAGCUAUCAUCGGCACAAACGCUCAAGACGGCGUACCGUUUGCUCCCUACAGUCCCUCCGGCCCCAACGCCACACUCGCCCAGCUAGCCCUCCUCACUACAUUCUUCUGCCCCGCUACCGAGUCUAUUCGUCUACGUCAACAGACUAACCGCCCCACCUACCGCUACCUCUACAGCGGCAACUUCUCAAACAUUGCUCCUGCACCUUGGUUGGGCGCUUUCCACUCUUCAGAGUUGCCAUUGCUGUUUGGCACCUUUGACAACUACAGAGGUAAAGGGCCGGCGUUGGAGAACCAGACUAGUGUUGCUAUGCAAGAUGCCUGGGUAGCGUUUGCCAAGGGAGGUAUGACUGGCAUUGAGUCGACCGGAUGGCAGGAGUAUGAGUUCCUUGGCGAGACUACGGUCAGAGACUUUGGUGAUGGGGUGGCGGUCAAAGAUGUGGAUGUCAAGUAUCUCGAGAAUCUUUGUGAUGGGAGUAAGCCAAACUACAGUGCUUGA